AUGCCAGCGCCAAGCUUUGACGAAGUUUCCGCUCUUGUUGGUGAGCAGAAGCAUCUCGUUCAAUUCUACAAUGAGCUCAGCGAGGAGGAAAAACUCAACUUCUAUAAUCAACUGAAAAGCAUCAAUUUCGCCGACGCUCGCCGCUGGUUCGACGAAUCCGCUCAUUUGAAGGCGUCGUCGCCGGAGAACCUCUCACCGAUCCCGUCGGACCAUUAUUUCUGCGCCGAGAACGUGGACGCGGACGAAAUGCGAAAAUAUUGGGGAUGUGGCCUCGACGCGAUCGCGCGCGGUGAAGUCUGCGCCAUCGUGCUCGCCGGCGGACAAGCGAGCCGUUUGGGCUCCAGCCAGCCGAAAGGCACGAUACCGCUCGGAAUCAACACCGCCUAUGGCGAUUCGUUGUUGGGAAUCCAGGCGGCGAAGAUCGCCCUUCUUCAAGCGAUGGCCGGCGAAUUGGAGCGAGAGGGAAAUGGCAAAAUCCAUUGGGCAAUUAUGACGUCGCCGGGAACCGAUGAAGCCACUCGCGAGCACGUCAUGCAACUCGCCAAACACCACGGCUUCAAUUUUGAUGAUCAGAUAACGAUCUUCUCACAGGCCGAGAUUCCGGCCUACGAUGAGAAUGGGGAGUUCUUGCUCGCCUCCAAGGGCUCGUUGGUCGCAUCGCCAAACGGCAACGGCGGAAUGUACUCGGCGUUGGCUCCGCAUCUUCCGCGCCUUCGCGCCAUGGGAAUCAAGUACUUCCACGUCUAUUGCGUCGACAACAUUCUGUGCAAAGUGGCCGAUCCGCACUUCAUCGGAUUCGCGAAACACCACAACGCCGACGUUGCCACCAAGUGUGUGCCGAAGGAGAAGGGCGAACUCGUCGGCUCGGUGUGCCUCGACUCGGGACGUCCGAGAGUUGUCGAAUACAGCGAAUUGGGGCCAGAGCUUGCCGAUCAGAAGACGCCUGAAGGGAAAUACUUGUUUGGCGCCGGAUCCAUCGCCAAUCACUUCUUCACCAUGGAGUUUUUGGAGAAACUUUGCUCGCCGUCGUUCCAGCUACCGUACCAUCGAGCCCACAAGAAGAUUCCGCACAUUAGCCGAAAUGGCGAAUUGGUGAAGCCGGAGAAGCCGAACGGUAUUAAGCUCGAGCAAUUCAUUUUCGACGUCUUCGAGCACUCGAACAACUUCUUCGUUUGGGAGGUCGCGAGGGCUUCCGAGUUCAGCCCGUUGAAGAAUGCCGAAUCGGUCGGCAAAGAUUGCUUGAGCACAUGCCGCCGCGAUUUGGCGGCGUUGAACAAAAAAUGGCUCGAGAAUGCCGGCGCGCAACUCCGUUUGGACAAGCCGUUCUUCCUCAAAACGCUGGUUUCCUAUAAUGGAGAGAAUCUUCAAGACUUCCGCGGUCUCGUCAUCAGCACGGAAGUUCUUGAAAAGAAGGCGAACGAAUGCCAGCUUUUCCUUCACUCAAUCGCCUCGACGCCGAUCAUCGCCAAUUAA